UAAUGUGAUGCAGUUUCUCACUUCCUCCAUGCACUUGCGCUUGUAAUUCUUAUCUAAUAACCUCCUAACCACGUUCACUGUCACUGCCUAGUGCAAUGCUUGUGCGUAUGUUCUAUCGUUAUUAUUGUUACUUGUUUAUGAAGUAAUAUGGAAAAUGUGCCUGAAUGUGAUACCGAUAAAUAUUCUGCCUUACAUUGAUUACAGAUCAUUGAGCCCAAAAUAUGGUUAUGGCUAGAUUUCAACUAUGGAAGUGUGUUAUAAAGGAUCAGCUGAGGAACUGUCACUCAAAACAUAAAUUUGUAAGGCAAAUAAUGGGGUAUAGCGCUGCAGUAAGUGCGAGUGCGAUGAGUGUCACAUUGAUAGCUACUUCUCCUCUGAUAAAAGUGGAAGGAUCAAAAAACAUUGUUGCCAAUGUUAAUGGAGGAAUAAGAUUUUUGCGGUCUUUGAAAAUCGGCAUGACGAUAUCCUUGGAUUAUUAUUUUUCAAUGAUGGGCCUUAGUGAAUCUUCACCGAACUUCAGAGCUAUGAUGAGCAGGAUACACCAAAGAGCUGCUGAUAACAUCCUUCAAGGAUGUUUACUAAAUGGAGGGUCGUACAUAAAACUGGGCCAAGGUCUUGUAGCAAUGAGUCACAUCAUUCCAAAGGAGUAUGUGGACACCUUGAAGCAGUUACAAGAUAAAUGUCUUGUGAGAGAAUUCGGCGAGUUAACGGAACUGUUCAAACAGGAUUUCGGAAAAGAACCCACAGAUAUUUUCAAAACGUUUGAAUGCGAACCUAUCGCAGCGGCAAGUAUCGCUCAGGUUUAUAAAGCUACAACCAAAGAUGAUAAAACAGUGGCUGUGAAAGUGCAAUAUAUAGAUCUUCAAGAGCGUUUCAGCACUGAUAUUGUGACUGUUAAAGGGCUUUUGAAAGUAAUUGGUAUUAUGCAUCCAAAUUUCAACUUUGCUUGGGUUGUAAGUGACUUGGAAAGCACUUUGAAGCAAGAGCUCGAUUUUGUCAAUGAAGGUCUGAAUAGCGAACGAUGUGCCAAAGAUUUGGGCAGCUUCAAAUACAUCCACAUCCCAAAGGUUUAUUGGGACUACAGCAGUUCGAGGGUACUCGUCACCGAAUUCAUUGAUGGAUACAAAAUUAGCGAAGUGGAGAAUUUGAAGAAAGACGGGUUUUCACUGGUGGAUAUCAACCAGAAAUUAUUUGAAGCUUUUGGUUACCAAAUUUUCCACACUGGGUUUGUUCAUGCUGAUCCGCAUACAGGAAAUGUACUGGUUAGAAAGGUUGGAGGAAAAUCAGAGUUGGUUUUGUUGGACCAUGGAUUAUACCAACAAGUUUCUGAAAAAGACCGGAUCGCUCUUAGUUACAUGUGGAAAGCUAUCGUUCUAAACGACCAUGCCAAUAUGAAGAAGUAUUCCAAUGAUUUGGGGGUUGAAGAUUAUGUAUUAUUUGCUGAAAUAUUAACACAAGCUCCUCUGCAUACGAGAGGUUUCAAAUUGAAUCCUAAACUCACUGAUGCGGAUUUGAGAUAUAUGACUGAGGCAGCAAGAGACAAGUUUGACAGAAUUAUGGUAUGCCUACAAAAUAUGCCAAGGUCACUCCUCCUAGUUAUUAGAAAUCUUAAUACUAUUAGGGCAAUUUCACAUGACCACGGAAAUCCGAUAGAUAGAUACGAUGUGUUGGCGAGAAUAGCUACAAGAAAUGUUUAUAGCCGACAAAAUAAUGUAUCUAAAAUACUUUUGAACUAUCCGAGGCACUUGUAUUUCGAGAUUAUGCUUAGAUUUCAGAGAAUUGGGAGGUGGUUCAGAAAAAGAACAUACGAAAUUCUACGCCACUUUGGUAUGGUACCAGAUAUCGAAAAAAUUAUGAUCAAAGCCAACUUGAAUGUUUAAUCAGGUACUAACAGUGAUUUUCCAUUUGUUACCUAUUUUUUUAAUUACCUAUUGUUUUUGUUGGGAAAUAUGAAUUUUACCAAACU